AUGCCGAAUGAAAAUGCUCCUUAUUCUUGUGACACAUUUGUUGUUCUACCACCAUUAACAGAUUCAAAUUUUCGCAUAUUCGGUAAAAAUUCGGAUCGACCAGCUAAUGAAGUUCAAGAAAUUAUUUUUGUUUCUAACGAACAUACAAAUGAAAAUAAAGAUUUUGUUCAAUGUACUCAUAUAAAAAUUCCACAAGUAUCAACAACUUACCGAUGUAUUCUGUCAAAACCAACUUGGUGUUGGGGUGCAGAAAUCGGUGCCAAUGAAAACGGAGUUUGCAUUGGUAACGAAGCUGUGUUCUCAAAAAUAACCUAUGAAACACGAGAUCACGCAUUGACUGGUCUCGAUAUUGUUCGACUGACAUUAGAACGUGCUAAAACAGCAAGAUUGGCAGUUCACAUAGUUGGUGAACUUGUUGAACAAUAUGGUCAAGGUGGGCCCUGCUUUGAUGCAAGUGCAAAUUUUUCUUACGGCUAUGAUAAUAGUUUUCUUAUUGUUGAUGCUGACGAAGCAUGGAGUAUUGAAACAUGUGAUCGUGUUUGGGUUGCUAAACAAAUUAAAGAAGGAUAUUAUAGCAUGUCAAAUGUGUAUUCAAUUGAAGAUGAUUAUAAUAUUCAAUCAAAUAAUUUAGAAAGAUUUGCUCAAGAACAAAAUCUAUGGGAUGGAAAGGAUAAAUUAAAUUUUGCUCAAGCUUUUCAAGGUCCAUCACCAUGCACCGAUGCACGAUUAAAAGCCGGCCGUAAAUUACUUGAAAAUUUAACUAAGAAUGGUAAUUUUUCAAUCUUUGAUAUGAUGUCUAUUUUACGUGAUGAUCAAUCUGGCAUCUGUGCAUUCGAUCAAGUUCGAGGCGUUCGUACAACAAGUUCUCAAAUAUCGGUCUUAACAUCAAAUAAAAAAUCUCACAUAGACACGUGUCAUUUUCUAACUGGAACACCUAAUCCUAAACAAUCAUUAUUUAAACCAUUUAUUUUUUCAAAUAAUGUUCAAUUAGGUUCAUUAACUGUUUCAACGCCUGAGAAAGUCACAGCACAACGCAUUCAUCCGUUAUAUUCAGCGCAUCAGAAAGCAAAAUGGGAAAAUGUUGAUCUGAAACGUUUACAAGAUUUCGAACAUGAAGGAAUCAUGGAAAUUAUUAAUAAACUUAAAUCGGCGGAAAAUAAUAAUGUGGAUACAUAUGAAACAUUAUUUUACGAUAUAGUAUCAGCAGAAAUAGAAUUAUUACGAGAGCAUCCAUGUACAAAACGUUCUUAA